CACUUUUUGAAGCUCCGUUAAAUUGGCUUGAUGAAAUUCUUAAAGAAGUCCUCUCUUUCUUACGUGAUUCAUCAAACACACAACCAUGGAAGAAACACCUUUAUACGGCAUUGACAAAGAAAUAAGAGCCAAGAUAGAUUCCAAGUAUUCUGUUGAACGAGAACAAGAAGCAAAACAAUGGAUCGAACAAUUGAUAGGCGAGCCAUUCCCUUCUCAUGAUUUUGCCGAGGAUUUAAAAGACGGUGUGAUUCUCUGCAAAGUCAUUGGUAAGUUAGUUCCCGGUCAAGGCAAAUUCAAACAAUCCAAAAUGCCUUUUAUUCAAAUGGAAAAUAUUGCUUCUUUUCUUAGAGGAGCAGAAGUAUUGGGUGUGCCUAAGCAUGAUCUUUUUCAAACAGUGGAUUUAUUUGAGAAGAAGAACAUGACUCAAGUCGUCGAUUCUAUAUUUGCUUUGUCUCGUUAUGGUUACAAAGCAGGCACAUCGACUAAUUAUCUUGGUCCCAAAUUAGCUGAUAAACAAAAAGCCAAUUAUUCAAGAGAUGCUGCUACUGCUAAUAGUGCUACAUUUAAUACAUAUCAAUAUGGUUAUACAGGUGGUGCUAAUCAGUCUGGUAUGAGCUUUGGACAGCGUCGUAAUAUUGUUGGAUCUGAUCCUUAUGCUCAAUACAAAUAAAUCUUAUGGUCUCCUUUAAUAGAAAGCGUGUGUUUCCUC